AUGGGAAGGAGAAGAGGGAGGAAAAGGACAUAUUUGCCCCUCCGACGCUUUGCAGCGCUCGCCUUCUCCUCCGCGGCCGUGACAGGUUUGGGUCCAUCUCUGAUCAACAUUGACUUGACUAAUCUCUGUGCUGUGCAUUUGCUUGCAGCCGAUGAUCUGAUCAGAACAGAUCGAGUACAAGCCAUCAUUGGGCCUCAAACUUCAGCCGAAUCCGAGUUCAUUGCAUACCUUGGGAAUCACACACACACUCCAAUCCUCUCCUUGGCUCCAACUUCUGCAGCAUCGACAGCUUUCCUUCUGCAGAUUGCACCCAAUGAGUCCUUUCAGGUUGCUCCAGUUGCUGCUAUCCUUGAUAUGUUCACAUGGCGUACCACCACCGUGGUGUAUGAAGACUCGCCAUAUGGAGCUCGCAUCCUUGCAGCCCUGUUUUCCGUCCUUCAGGGUUACAACAUACGUGUCAUGGAUAGCAUAGCUCUGCCUGUCGGUGUGACUGAGGACUACCUCGACAAAGUACUCUACAAUCUCAAGGAGACGCCCACACGAGUGUUCAUUGUGCAUAUGGCCCCAGAUCUUGCUGCUCGCGUCUUCUACCAGGCGACUGUCGCUGGUAUGAUGUCUGAUGGCUAUAUCUGGAUAGCCACUUCCAGCAUUGGCAGUACAGUGGAGAGCUUGAGUAUUGACAAGGUUGAUCAUAUGCAGGGGGUCGUCACCUUCCGACCUUAUGUGCAGGCAACUGGCCAUAUCAUGAACUUCACUGCAAGGUUGAAGUCAAGAUUUCUGUUAGAGAAUCCAGGCAUUCACAAUGUGCACAACCCGAGCACGCAACUGCUCUGGGCUUACGACACUGCAUGGGCUCUUGCCAAAGCAGUCCAUAUAGCCAGAAUGUCCAGCUCAACACCUGGGAGAAUGCUUCUCGGCGCAGUCCUCAACACCACAUUUGAUGGGUUGUCUGGGAGGUUCAGGCUGGUAAAUGGACAGCUGGAGCUAUCAACACAUGAGGUUAUUAACAUCGUCGGUAAAGGUGCAAGAACAGUCGGUUUCUGGACGCCCGAGUCUGGUAUCUUGAAGAGUUUGGAAACGAAUAGUGUGAAAGGGCUGAAACAAGUACUCUGGCCAGGUCAUCUAGCAAUUGCUCCAAAAGGGUGGGACGUGUCAUCGAACAGGCGGCCUCUUCGUAUUGUUGUGCCUGAAAAACAGGGGUUUAACCAGUUUGUCGAGGUCACCUACAGCCCAACAACAAAUAGUUCUACUAUCAGAGGCUACUGUAUUGACAUUUUCGACAUGGUCAUGAAGAAUUUGCCCUAUCCAGUGGCCUACCAAUAUGUGCCAGUUAGUGAUAGCUCGCGAAACUAUGACAAUCUUCUCAGCCUGGUGCAUGAAAAGAAAGCUGAUGGCAUGGUUGGUGAUACGACCAUCACGAUGAGGAGGAUGAAUGUGGUGUCCUUCACAAAGCCCUUCACUGAUACGGGAUUGUCAAUGGUAGUGGUAGUGAAGAAAGAAACGGACGGGGGCAUGUGGAUCUUCCUGCAGCCACUGACAACUACCCUCUGGAUCACCAGUCUUGCCUUUUUCUGCUUUACCGGUUUUGUUGUGUGGGUGGUUGAGCACCGAAUCAACCCCAAAUUCCGAGGCACACCUUGCCAACAGUUUGGCACCGUCUUCUACUUUGCAUUCUCGACUCUUGUCUUCUCCCACAAGGAGAAGCUGGAGAGCAACCUGUCAAGAUUCAUGGUUAUCAUAUGGCUCUUUCUUGUCCUUAUUCUUACAUCAAGCUACACGGCAAACUUAACAUCAGUGCUGACAGUCCAACGGCUUCAGCCGACAGUGACUAGCGUGCAAGAUCUCCUAAGAAAUGGUGAUUACGUGGGGUAUCACAAUGGCUCCAUUGUGCCAUACUGGCUUGAGAAAAUGGGCUUCCGCAAGGAAAUUUUACUGGGCUAUAGCACAGUGGAGGAGUAUGCCGACGCCCUGCGCAGGGGAUCCGGCAAUGGAGGGGUGUCUGCAAUAUUUGACGAGAUCCCCUACCUAAAGGCUUUCCUUUCAAAGUACUGUGAAGGUUACACCAUGAUUGGCCCGACCUACAGGUUGGGAGGCUUCGCGUUUGCUUUCCCGAUAGGGUCGCCAAUUGUGCAUGACGUAUCGCAGGCCAUCUUAUCUCCUGCAGUACAAGAGGAGAUGGAACGGAUAGAGAAGAAAUGGUUCGGUGAUCCAGGAGCUUGUCAGAGCAAGAGCAAUAGCAUCGGCUCGUCCAGCCUUGGCUUCAGCAGCUUUGGUGGGUUGUUCCUCAUCAGUGGCACCGUGUCAGGCCUUGUGCUCCUCAUCCAACUCGCAAUCUUCGUCUACCAGGAGCACGGCAAGCUCUGGGACACAUCACUGCAUAAAUGGUUUCAAUGCCUCGAUUUCGUUCUUGGCGCCAAGGAUUGGAGGUUGCCAAUCUUCAACGGGCCACGCAUCAGGAAUGACGACAGUGUGAAUCAGCCUCAUGGAGCUACAGGGGCUAGUGCCAUGCAUGACUUCACUUCUGAGUUGUGAUGUUCAUGUUGAUACUCCCCUGACAGGGGAAAGGUUGAAGCCCGAGCUUUGUAGCAGCUUGGAGCACUAGUUUCAGGUAUCAAGAUAGGUAUUUUAUUUCUGGUUACUAGGAUAGCAUAGUUUGGCGGUUCCCUUUUUUAAAAUAGUGUAUGCUGAUGUAUUGAGGGAACAACUUACAGUUGUGAAAUUUAGUGAAUUUGUUUGGAGGUCAUGUAG